CAAAACCCUUCUUCUGCUAUGACGUUUCUUCCAUGACAGAUAAAGUGAUCCUGAUCAAAGAAAGUAAGACCUGGGAGGAGGCCUCAUAUUACUGCAGAGAGAACUACAGUGACCUGGUCUCCAUCACUAACCGUCACCAGCAGAGAUGGGUCCAAGAGAGAGCCAAGAACGCCUCAACUGAUUUCGUCUGGCUGGGACUGCGCUACACCUGCACUCUGGAUUUCUGGUUCUGGGUCAGCAAUGAUGUUGUCAGCUAUACAAACUGGGCACAGGGGGAAAAGACUGAUGACUGUGGCAUGUCUGGAGCCAUGGACAGAGGAGGACAACAUCAGUGGUUCAAAAAGCCGGAUAAUAACAAGUUUAAUUUCAUCUGUUCUAAGUGUUGAAACCCACUCUGCUCACUGGUGUCAGAUGUUUUAUUCAUUCACUCACUUGGUGAUGUAAUACUUUUGGAUAAGUUUGCACUAUAUAUCUUCUUUGGGUUUAUUGAAAGGCUUUCUGGGAAAAGUGGCCACACUGUAUUUAGUUGCACAGUACCACAAGAUUACUGAGGAUGUGGCCAAUAACAAGUUUUUCUGUCUCCUUUUUCUGAAUCACUGAAUGAUCACUAGAUGCCAGAUCACAGUGACUGUUUGUUAUUCUCUGAGGUUGUUGUGAUAUUUUCUUUCUCUUAAAGUGUGGAUGUUUUAUUAAUCUUUUUUAAUUCAAAAUGUGUACACUCAAAAAACUAAUUAUCCCUAAAACAUUGACUUUAAGUAUUUUAAUUACAUGUAAAUUUUUCAUCUAAUAUUAUUACGUAAGUUCAAUGUAAAAGGUGACAUGUAAUGCAAUGUUUUUCUAUCAUGUUAAGUCAGUUUGAAUAAAUGACAUAACUUUGUCAGAUUUGAUUAAAUUAAUAUAAACCUAUAAA